AUGUCGAACAAUGCGGAGCAGCCCAAGGUCGUCCCAGAAGAUGAUGAUGAGCCUGAUGAGUGGGACAAGCGCAUCUUCAGCACGGGAUGCCAUGCCGAGCAAGACAAGAUGAAUGAUUGUUAUUUUGCAAAGAAAGACUGGCGCGCUUGCAGCAAAGAAAUGGAAGCCUUCCGUGAAUGCUGGAAGCGCAAAGGCAACGACGAGCGAACACAAACCAAAGAUGCAUGA